CGGUCUUGUUCCAUUCCUUCCAUGAAUCGUCAUCCUCCAUCACAACGUCGGUCCAAGCUGGCGUCGAAGAAAACAAAAGCAUUUCUUCCGUCUCUUCUUUGUGUGAUUUGCUAUGGUCAACUUGGCUUCUUCAAUGUUCUAAUAAUACUCACUUUCAUCAUUGCUUUUCCUUUAUCCAUCUAGUUUUGUCUUGGUGAUACUGUGAACCCGGCGUUCUUGGUCAUCUGGUUCACCCCCGCUACCAAACCGAUAAACUAUCAAACAAACACCGACGACACUCGAUCCUGUGAUCCCCCGAGUCAACAGCCGCAUCCCCGGCAUUCAAACAAUGGCCGUCUUUGUAGAUCUCGAAGACGAAGAUGUCGACCCUGGCCAGGUCCAGCCUUCUCAUCAUGGCCUCAAUUUGCCGGCUAGGAAUGGUGCUGGAACGGGGAUCGUCACCGACAUCGGCCGGGCCAAAACGGAGGGCGUGGGCAGCGUGAACACUGAGAAACAUCGCGAGGAGGCUCACGAGCCCGCUGUCAGGGAGAAUCCAAACCAGAACUCCAUGACGCUGGCUUUGGGAUGCUAUCCGUAGGCGACCACCACCACCACCACCACCACCACCACCACCUUCUACCCCGUUUUCUUUCGUUUUCUAGUUGACAUGUCUUCGAAUUCUCCCCUCUCCCGCCUUCUCUUCACGCGAACGGGAGGGGUGAAUUACUGACUCGAGUCUUCUCAUAACCAGUAUCGUCAUGUCUCUGGCUGCCUCCAUUGACUUGAACACGCUCGAUAACCUGUCGCGAACCUGCCGGCAAAUAAGGGGGAACCUACUGCAGUACCGCAAGAUGCUCCUUGUUUCCACCUUGCAUUGCUCCAACGAAGACCUUCCUAUCGAUCCCGAUGCGGUGCUUCGUUAUCGCGCUCGUACCGUCAACUGGUUCUACAUGCAAGAGCUGGGAAGAUCCAAUAAGCCUUGCAAGGUCGGUCAAUGCGCUCGCGAUCUGGUUGGAGGGUGUCGCCGUUGCGGUACUGUCGUUUGUCGGAAUUGUGCCAUUAAACCUCCGGCACCGAUUGUGCUCCGCGACCGCCACCGCCGGCUGUGCGUGACAUGCGCAAAGACGCCCAUAGGGAAUCUCACAAAGCCACCCCUUGGCCGUGAGUUUUCCGUUGAAUCGGAUGAUGUGCAAAGAGCCAUAUGCAGAUGCGACACAGACGGAGUUUGGCUUUGCCAGCCCUGUGGGAAAACAAUACGCAACGAUGAUUACGACUACAAGAGCAUCUGGAGAUGGCGAAACCAAUACACCGAUGUCCUCGGUGGUCUCGGCACAGGCAUCGGCGAAGGCGAUCGUGGCGUUAUUUGCGGACGCGGGAGUGACUGCUGUGCUGCCCGGAAGCGGGAACAGGAGAUCGACUGUGAUGCCGAAGAUGCUCAAGAAGCCGACGGCUCCUAUGUGUAUACUCCGUCUCCCUCUACCACCACUGUCUCGAAUGAUUCCACCAUCUCCAUGGCUCUAUGGGGCACCGAUACUGCCAGCACCACCAGUAGUAACGGAAGUGUGAACGGUAGCAACGCCUCCUCGUCAUCGCAGACGGGCGGUCUUGGCUCUACCUUGGCCGGGCCCAGCCUCGAGCGCAGGACCCCCAGUCCUAUGCUGAAGCCUGGCUAUGACAGGCAUGAAAUCGAGGGAAUUGGUGGUGUGGUCAAGAAGAAGCUGGUCCGGAUGGUCAAGGUCGGGGCUUGCGUCCCCGAAUGGCCUGACGAGCGGGAUCGAGGCGAUAUCCUCGGACGGGAGAUGCAGGCCAAAGUGAGGAGUUGGUGUGGCUGGUGUUGGAGGGUGAUUCCCGGAAAGCUGGACUAUGAAUUCGCCAGACAGGAAACAAGGAGUAAGGCGCUCGAGGAAAAAUAGGAAGAGAGGGUAAUAAGGGCAUAGGCGUCAUGAUAUUUUGGAUGGCAGUCGUGAUCGUCGCUCGCUGAGUUUUUGUUUUGGUCUACUCUAAAAGGAGUGUGAUGGGUUUUGGGAGUAAUGAGAGGAAGGGACAUCGAGAUUGUAACUUUACGGGGUUCUAUGGAUUUUGGAUAACGUUACUGGCUUCUGGCUACCCAAAAGUACAAUCAAUAUUCCGUGUGCUUCUGAGCGGAGAGACUAGGAGCUCAAGUAAACCUUACCGUUAGUAUAAAAUUGCAGAAGCAGAGCAGAAAUACAAAUUUCUGUUAUCGUUAAUAGCUUGCUUUGACCCUUCG